GGCCCUGAUUCAGUACCUCGGUAAAUCGACCAACAUCCAAAUUCAUCUAGAAAGACACUACUCGCUGCAAUGCUCCUGAACCUCUCCCUCCUCGGUCUCUUCGCCGCCUCCGUCCUCGCCGACGGCGCCGCCAUCGUGGCCGCUAUGAACGAGAUCGCCACAUCAAACACGGAGUUGGGCGAAACUGUCGCCUCCUGGGAUGGCGGGCUUUUUGGCACGCUACCCAUACUCGUCCAAUCAGCCAAGCUCCUUAUCAAGAUCAAUAAAGCCACUACUAUCGCUCAGGACUCGGCGCCGCUAAAUACCAUCGAAACCAUUACUGUCGCGCAGUCGACACAAAACCUUGCUGGCGGCGUCGAGACCACACUCGGCAAUGUCGUUGACGCGAAGCCAAAGUUCGACAAGCUCUUGCUGAGCCCCAUUAUCUUGCUGAAUCUCAAGCAGGAGGAGAGCGCGACUGACAAGUUCAGCGCGACAGUUGUUGAGAAAGUCCCCGAGUCACUAAAGGGUGCUGCUGAGACUCUGGUGGGCAGGAUUGAAACAGCUUUCAAUGAUGCUAUUGCCACUUACAGCUGAAUGUUGUUUCUGGAGACUUCAACUAGAUGAAGGGAGUGGCCAAAGAGGUAGUACGGCGGACAGGGCCGUAGCAAUGACGAGUCCAUAGCAUACUACACUAGUCUUGAAAGUGGCCAAACGUCCCUUUGUAUAUAUGAUUCUUGAGUGUAGCAGCGGACCAUGGCUAUCUUGGCCUUCUGUCGAGGCGAGUGCUAUUGCAACGUAACUUCUUCCAUAAAUUGUUGACCGGCACCACGAUGCCGGCCACGAGCACAAAGAACACAAGCAACUUGAUCGGCAGAGUGACAA